GACCAGCCGGACUCAAGGGAGAUAAGGUAUGUUCAGUUGUUAUUGUCAGUAUGUCCUUGUCUACGCUUGAUUAUAUGUUUUUAUGUAUGCAAAGUGCAGCAACCCAAAUUUCCCAACAGGGAUAAUAAAGCCAUUAUCUUAUUUUGUGUUGAUGGUUGUUGUCCUCUUGUGUGUCCUCUACAGGGUGACCAAGGAGACAUUGGGCCCAGGGUAAGUCUCUCUCCCUCUCUCUCCCUCUCUCAACCCUUUUCCCUAUCUCCAUCGAUCUCUCUAACUGUUGAAGUAAAUGAUGUGGGGUAUUUUGUUACAUUACAGCCUUAUUCUAAAAGGUAUAAAAUUAUUAAUUUUUUCUCAUCAGUUUACACACAAUACCCCAUAAUGACAAAGUGAAAGCAGGUUUUUAGAAAUUAAAAAGAAAACUGAAAUACCUUAAUUAUUCAGACCCUUUCAUAUGAGACGUGAAAUUGAGCUUAGGUGCAUCCUGUUUCCAUUGAUCAACCUUGAGAUGUUUUUACAACUUGAUUGGAGUCCACCUGUGGUAAAUUCAAUUGAUUGGACAUGAUUUGGAAAGACACACACCUGUCUAUAUAAGGUCCCACAUUUGACAGUGCAUGUCAGAGCAGAAAACCAAGCCAUGAGGUCGAAGGAAUUGUCCGUAGAGCUACGAGACAGGAUUGUGUCGAGGCACAGAUAUUUGGAAGGGUACCAAAAAAUGUCUGCAGCAUUGAAGGUCCCCAAGAACACAGUGGCCUCCAUCAUUCUUAAAUGGAAGACGUUUGGAAUCAUCAAUACUCUUCCUAGAGCUGGCUGCCCGGCCAAACUGACCAAUCGGGGGAGAAGAGCCUUGGUCAGGGAGGUGACCAAGAACCCGAUGGUCACUCUGACAGAGCUUCAGAGUUCCUCUGUGAAGAUGGGAGAAACUUCCAGAAGGACAACCAUCUCUGCAGCACUCCACCAAUCAGGCCUUUAUGGUAGAGUGGCCAGACGGAAGCCACUCCUCAGUAAAUGGCACAUGACAGCCCACUUGGAGUUUGCCAAAAGGCACCAAAAGGACUCUCAGACCAUGAGAAACAAGAUUCUUUGGUCUGAUGAAACCAAGCUUGAACGCUUUGGCCUGAAUGCUAAGCGUCACGUCUGGAGGAAACCUGCGGCACCAUCCCUACGGUGAAGCAUGGUGGUGGCAGCAUCAUGCUGUGGGGAUGUUUUUCAGCGGCAAGGACUUGGAGACUAGUCAAGAUCGAGGGAAAGAUGAACGGAGCAAAGUACAGAGAGCUCAGGACCUCAAACUGGGGCGAAGGUUAACAACGACCCUAAGCAUACAGCCAAGUCUCUGAAUGUCCUUGAGUGGCCCAGCCAGAGCCUGGACUUGAACCCGAUCUAAUAUCUCUGGAGAGACCUGAAAAUAGCUGUGCAGGUACGCUCCCUAUCCAACCUGACAGAGCUUGAGAGGAUCUGCAGAGAAGAAUGGGAGAAACUCCCCAAAUACAGGUGUGCCAAGCUUGUAGCGUCAUACCAAGAAGACACGAGGCUGUAAUCGCUGCCAAAGGUGCUUCAACAAAGUACUGAGUAAAGGGUCUGAAUACUUAUGCAAAUGUGAUAUAUUUUAUAUAUUUUUUAUAUAUAUAUAUUUGCAAAAAUUAAUAAAAACCUGUUUUGCUUUGUCAUUAUGGGGUAUUGUGUGUAGAUUGUUGAAGGGGAAAAAACAAUUUAAUACAUUUUAGAAUAAGGCUGUAACGUAACAAAAUGUGGAAAAAGUCAAGGGGUCUAAAUACUUUCCGAAUGCACUGUACGUACAGUAUACUGUAUGUAUGCACCUGACCUGAGGAAAUUCAAGCAACGAGGGCGUUUGUAUGAAUACAGCACCUCAGCUCUUGUUCUCCCCGAUUAGGUAUAACUUCCCAAACUCUAUAAUCUGUUCUCUGGCUCCGUUUGUAUCACCCCCUCCCUCCCUCACCCUCCUGUUCCCCCUCUCCCUGCAGAUUAGGGUAAUGGUCCAUCCCAAAUGGAGAAUAAAGGCGAUGGGGAGAGGGUGGAGGGGAAUUGGCUCUCUGUGGAGUAUUUAUAACAUCUGAAAAACACUCCGCUCUCAUCAUUCAUCAUCGCCUUGUUAAUACAUGCAUAGAAAUACAUAGAGAAACACACACACACACACACUGACUGCAGAUCAUUAGUUCCUUAUUUUCAUUACCGGUCUUUACACACACCAUUAACACACUGCAUAUUUCAUCUGAUCAUUUAGGCGAGGUGGUGUGUGUGUGGGUGCGUGAAUUUGUGCGUGUGUGUACACGUGUUUUCUCAACGUAACUAGCACGACGGCCGACGGCCGAACACAGAACUCACUCUUCUUCUUCUGAUGAGGUUUUAAAAGCUUUUAAAAGCUCCACAAAUCUCAACCCCCCCCCCACCCCGUUCCAGUCAAAUAUGAGAAAUUAUGCCAUUUAAGUAUGAUGGAAAUACUUAUACUUCACCGUGGAAACCCCAAAACUAGGACUCCGAGCCAGAACUAGCAUCCAGAGGGGACCGGUCUCCUCCAAACCAUCUCUUUUUACAUUGUGGGGUAACCUCUCUCUGCAUCUGGAGUAUGCUGUCAUUGUUGCCUUUUCAUGAUGUGAUAUCAUCCAUCCCUGUAUUUAACAUAUAUAUAAUUAUCUCCUACUUUACUCAGUGCAUGUCCAAAAACUGCUCCCCUGGGCAUAUCUGGUGUGGACGAUUCUGUAAGAAGUCAUGGCCUUAGAUUAACGGUUUACAGUACUGUAUUUCUUAUCACUGUGCUUAAUGAGGUUACUCUGGGUUAGGUCACAGAUUACAGGUAAACGUUGUCUCCUACCUACUGUUGGUAAGAGCCCUUCUUUAUAUACUCAGCUACUGCUCUUUCUCUCUGUCAGAGGAUGCAUCCCAAAUGGUACCCUAUUCCCAUUAUAGUGCACUACUUUUGACCAAAUAUAGGAACUAGGGUGCCAUUUGGGAUGCAACUACUGUCUCUCAUUCACAUCUCAUUCUGAACCACACUCUGGUGUUUGUGAGAUAUUGCGAGAUAUUGCUAUUAUAUGUCAACAGAGGACAAACACAGUGGUAUUUACGACAUGGUCAGCAACAUUGAUGAAAUUCCUGACUUUUAUCUAGCCAUAAGUCCCUUUGGUUUCCCAGCCCACCAGCCAAUCCUGCUAGAUAUUGAGGUAAUUUUCUGUGUGGUAAUGAAUCCCUUUUGCAUUCUGCAUUAGCUAUUGCGCCAAAGGAUAAAUAUUGUACUUGGAUGCGGCGCCUGUAGCUGCGAUCUGCCUGGGUAACUUUAGAGACACAAAGGAUUGCUUAGAAGCACACAUUUUUCCAAAACAAAGCAGCUCGCAGCCUGCUACAGUAUUUGCAGCUGACAAUUUACACGUUGCUGGGUGAUUGGGUGUUGAUAGAUUAGGUGACAAGUGUCAGCCAAUUAGAGGGAAGGUACUCUCAGAGUCAGUAUAUGCUCCUGAAUGAGAGUUUUGAGGUAUACAUAUCAACUAUUUGCAUUUGUUGUCUAAGUUAGCAGGACUUGAUCAUGUACUGAAGUAGAUAGCAGGAGUACACACUUAACCAAUGUGGUCCUGUGUGGCUCAGUAGGUAGAGCAUGACACUUGCAACGUCAAAGGUUGUGGGUUUGAUUCCUGCUGGGGCCACCUAUAUGUAAAACAAAAUAUAUAUAUACAGUACCAGUCAAAGGUUUAGAUACACCUACUCAUUCCAGGGUUUUUCUUUAUUUUUACUAUUUUCUACAUUGUAGAAUAAUGUUGAAAUAACACAUAUGGAGUCAUAUAGUAACCAAAAAAGUGUUCAACAAAUCAAAAUAUAUUUUAUAUUUGAGAUUCUUCAAAUAGCCACCCUUUGCCUUGAUGACAGCUUUGCACACUCUCAACCAGCUUCACCUGGAAUGCAUUUCCAACUGUCUUGAAGGAGUUCCCACAUAUGCUGAGCACUUGUUUGCUGCUUUUCCUUCACUCUGCGGUUUUCCUACACAGCCUGGAGGUGUGUUGGGUCAUUGUCCUGUUGAAAAACAAAUGAUAGUCCCACUAAGCCCAAACCAGAUGGGAUGGCGUAUCACUGCAGAAUGCUGUGGUAGCCAUGCUGGUUAAAUGUGCCUUGAAUUCUAAAUAAAUCACAGACAGUGUCACCAGCAAAGCACCCCCACACCAUAACACCUCCUCCUCCAUGCUUUAAGGUGGGAAAUACACAUGCAGAGAUCAUCCGUUCACCCACACCGCGUCUCACAAAGACACGGCGGUUGGAACCAAAAAUCUCCAAUUUGGACUCCAGACCAAAGGACACAUUUCCACCGGUCUAAUGUCCAUUGCUUGUGUUUCUUGGCCUAAGCAAGUCUCUUCUUCCUGUUGGUGUCCUUUAGUAGUGGUUUCUUUGCAGCAAUUAGACCAUGAAGGCCUGAUUCACACAGUCUCCUCUGAACACUUUCAAAGUUCUUGAAAUGUUCCGUAUUGACUGACCUUCAUGUCUUAAAGUAAUGAUGGACUGUCGUUUCUCUUUGCUUAUUUGAGCUGUUCUUGCCAUAAUAUGGACUUGGUCUUUUACCAAAUAGGGCUAUCUUCUGUAUUAAAGUAAUGAUGGACUGUCGUUUCUCUUUGCUUAUUUGAGCUGUUCUUGCCAUAAUAUGGACUUGGUCUUUUACCAAAUAGGGCUAUCUUCUGUAUCACCCCCUACCUUGUCACAACACAACUGAUUGGCUCAAAUGCAUUAAGAAGGAAAUAAAUUCAAUAAAUUAACGUUUAAGAAGGCACACCUGUUAAUUGAAAUGCAUUCCAGGUGACUAUCUCCUGAAGCUGGUUGAGAGAAUGCCAAGAGUGUGCAAAGCUGUCAUCAAAGCAAAGGGUGGCUACUUUGAAGAAUCUCAAAAUAAAAUAUUUUUUGAUUUGUUUAACACUUUUUUGGUUACAACAUGAUUCCAUAUGUGUUAUUUCAUAGUUGUGAUGUCUUCACUAUUAUUCUACAAUGUAAAAAUAGUAAAUCGUAAAGAAAAACCCUUGAAUGAGUAGGUGUGUCCACACUUUUUACUGGUAGUGUAUAUGCACGCGUGACUAAGUCACUUUGAAUGAAAUGAUUUGCUGAAUGGUAUAUGUUAUUAUCAAUCCCACACUCAGUCAACACUGGGUUCUGAUACCAACUCUCUCUCUGUACUCUCUACCUCUGCCCCCAUUGGAGAGGAUAAGAGGAGACGUACAAAAACAGGAAGUAGUCAUGCAUCACUGUCAGUGUGACUUCCUGUCGAUCUGUCAUCAUUACUGCCAGUGUUGGCCCAGAAGUGGCCUCAGAUCACAGAGACAUGAAAAAAUACUCAAUAAUAUAUAGAAAAACAGCCACCACUCUACCACAGAAAGAUAUCAAGAUGACUUUACUCGAGGCUGUUCAAGGCACCUUUGAAGGAGGCGACAAACAUUCUAGCUAAAGAGGCUCUCCAUCUUUAAGACAAGACUCUUGACUGUUGCGUCCCAACAGACAGUAACUGUGCAUUUAGGUUCAUCUUCAGACUGCGAUGAAAGACAAGCCAUGGUGGGGUUUUACCCCAACCCAAGCUUUCCUCUCUCUUUCCCUCAAUGUGGGUGAGAUAGAGGGCAUGGUGGAUAGGAGCUUAGAAGCUAGACGAUUGUUUGUCCUUACUGUCAGCCUGAUGUUGGAUGAGUAGGACCCAGAGUUUUCCACACACACACUGAGCCAUGUGGUCAGAAAUAACUCAGGUUGUACAGUGUGUAUGAGGUAUAGGGGAUAUGAGUGUGUAACAACCUUUCACUCUAUAGUGAGACUCUGUGCUCUAAGGGAUGAUCAUAUGUGGUCUUCACGGUAGGAAUAAGUGAGUGAAUGAGACAGAAGAGGGGGGGAUGAGAGGCUGUGGUGUCGGAAACCUCAGCUAUCCAGCGAUCACCGCAGCCCACUAAUAGAAACCUCAUGACCAGAUUGGCAUAUCUCUCUCUCUUUCUCCCUCUCCCCCCCCCCCCCCCCCCCCCCCCCUCUCUCCCUCUCUCUCUCUCCCCCUGUGUCUCUGAUCAUCUUUUGCUUUCUCAAUCUUUUUCUCUCUCUCUCUCUCUCUCUCUCCCUUUUCCUUGCCCUCGCCCACCAACUCUCUCUCUCCCUCUCUCCCAUCCCUCUCUCCCAUCCAUUUGUUUUGUGAGGGAGGGAACUCAACCAGAGAUGCAGGCCUCCGUAUGAGUUAUCUGCCGACAGACUUUCUAUGUUCUUUUCAGCUUGAGUUGAAAUGAUCAUAGUUACUGUCUGUUGGGCUCAACAAAACACAGCCUCCAAACACAGCCUUCUCUGUGGGUUGUAUUUAAAGAUAUGCAUUAUUAUAGAGUGAGUCACACAGAUAUUGGUUUACAAAGAAAGAAAGGGACAUAUACAGCAAAUAGGUACAGACUGGUUCACAUAUACGUAGAUAUUGAUUUCCUAGAGAAUGAAUGGAUAGAUAAUGGAAAAGUCCCAGCCCCGACUAUACAUUAUUAUUUAUAGUUGGUGCUAUAUGAUGACUAUUUAGUGGCUAUGUCUAACUGGGUAUGAAGAGAUAUGCGUACCGGUAGUAUACAGAUCAAUCCUUCUACAUUUUAACAUCAUAGCCACCCAUGUGGCUAAUGGACUGUCACACACCUGUUGUACAUUUAUCUUCGGUAGUUAGCUGCUACUUGAGGUCUGCGACCUUGUUACCGUGCAUAUACAGUAGCCACAUGGUGCUCCACCUUUUCUCCAACAGGUGACUCACCCUCCUCUGUGUUUCUCCCCUCUCCUCCCCCCUCCUCCCCCAGGGCCCUCCUCCCCACAACUCAUACGCAGGUCUGCACAGUAAUCAGAUCCUCACCGUUAAGGUUUGUCCCUCGCGCCCAUCCGUAGCUUUGUCCUCCCAGCAGGCCUCUGCUGACCUGCCUGUCUCUCUCUGCUGGACUACAGUUGCUGGGUCACCUUUGACCUCUCAACCCUGACCUAUCAACCCUGACCUCUUACCUGGAAGCUUACUCUGUCGGUCGAUCUCUUCUCAGCACCUCACUCUGUCUCUCCUUGGAGAAUGGAGGGAAACUUCAGCCUGAAAUCGGUCCCUGACUUAUUUAAUCACUGAUUUCUUUAUUUUUCUUUCCCUCUAUUUAUUUUUCUCUAUCCACCACUCUGUCUCUUUCUCUUUCAAUCUCCUGCUCUGCACCCUCUCUGUGCUUCCCUCCAUCCCUACUCUUCCUUUUUCCUCUCCUCCUCCUCCUCCUCCUCCUCCUCCUCCUCCUCCUCCUCCUCCUCCUCCUCCUCCUCCUCUUCUGUUCUCCUGGUUCAGAUGGUCUUUCCCCGCUAUGACCAUGGCUUUAUGUCUGGUGACCAGUCCAACUUUCAGAGACGCUUGAUGAAGGUACACCUCCACUAAGGCAUGUGUGCACCUCUAACCACCUUUAACCCUUUCACUGCUGGUUGAUGUCUCUUAUUCACUGCUUGAUAUCAUAUCUCUCAGCCUUUUCUUCAUUAUCUCUCUCUCUCUCUCUGUUGCUCCCUCACACUUCCACAUCUCUCUGCUGCUUUCUCUCAGUUCAUCUAUCUCCUCAUGCACAUGUGCUGUGUUCUGUUUAAUGUGUGUGUGUGUGUGUGUGUGUGUGUGUGUGUGUGUGUGUGUGUGUGUGUGUGUGUGUGUGUGUGUGUGUGUGUGUGUGUGUGUGUGUGUGUGUGUGUGUGUGUGUGUGUGUGUGUUUCUAUUGUGUCUAUUUUGUAACAUGACAAAACAAAUAGAAAAUAUCUCAGGAAGACUACAGGGCAACAUGUUAGAGCGGCUUUAGGAUUGUGUGCUUUUCAUUAUAUUGGGAAUUGAACAGCUUUGAAGGUGGAGUCCGCUGCCUUCCAGAACUAUGUUAAUUAUCUACGUAGGGAAACAGAGUCUGGUGGAUGAAGACCUUCAUAGUAUCAGUCUAAAUGAAAAGGGCCUUCUCUCACACAUCUCACCACAACACACAGGCCCAGACCAGCACAUACAGUAUGUCUGUGAUUGAGUUCUGGGAAUAUCCAUGUGAAUACCAUGAGUUAAAGCAAUGGAUUUACAAGAACAGAGCAGGGAAACACUAACAUGAAGAGGGUUUACUUUAACCAUUAGAUUAGAUUACUUCACCACAGUGUGAAAAUACUGGUGUGGAAAUGCCUUAGUGGGAUGUAGCGCUAAGUGGGUUAAGGGAAAUUCUGAACUGGCAAGGAAGGACGUUUUUGCCUUGUAAAUUGUAAUUCCAUUGGUAAAAUACCCUUUCAUGUGAGGUGGUUCAUUUUGGCUAGAACAACCGCAGGAUGAAAUGAAACACUUCAUUUCACAGUUCAGUUAAUGUUGUGUUUAAUACUUAGUUAACUCAUCUCGUGCCUGGGAGAGUUUGCAUGUGUACGUUUGGGUGUGUUUGUGUGUGUCAUAUGGUAAAUAAUGUAUUUUCUGGAGAGAAAAACUAAACUGUGUGUGUGCGUGUGUGCGUGUACGCGUGUGCGUGUGUGUGCAUGCGUGCGUGUGUGCGUGUGCGCGUGUGUGUGUGUAUGUAUGUGUGCGUGUGCAUGCGUGUGUGUGUGUGUGCGUGCGUGUUUGUUUGUCACCAUCUUUCUUUCAUUUCUUCUAUCAUUAUUUCCCUCUCUUAUCCCUUUGUUGUCGUCCUGCAGGGUGACCAGGGGUCAGCUGGCCCUCCAGGCCCCCCCGGACCCCCAGGGUCCCCUGGCCCUAGAGGCCCUCCUGGGAACACAGGCAAGGACGGGCCCCGCGGCCCCGCUGGAGAACAGGUAACAGCAUUACCUUACACACACAUAUAAACACACACAUACAGGUAAAGGUAGAAUAUACAAAUGUAACCCAUAUGCAUGCACACACACCACAUACACACACGCAUAAAUUCCCAUUGUCUCCGUCGCUAUCUCCUCCCUUUUUCCCCUCGCUCUUUUUCUCUCUCUCUCUUGCGUCCUCUAUUAACCAAUACCGCGUCCUCUCUUAGUUCCAUGCAGCUGAUGAUGGAGAACUAGGUUAACACCAUUAAGUUUCUGGUCACUCCAACACCUGUCAUCAAUAGCUCUGUUGACCACAAUAGUGUUGACCUGGUCGUGUUGACCACAUAGGCGUGACAGUGAGGGAUGGUGAGGGGAAAGGGUCUAAUAAGAGUGCAGUGAACCCACAUCGACAGAGCCUACUGUGGUUGCCAGCGAGCUGCGGCUUCCUUAAAACAGCCCAAAAUAGACGCUUCGCUCCUGGCCUCAUCUGGUUUCUGUAACAGAAGGCCACAAAGUGAUCCAGCUAGCCCCAGUCUCCCACUAGUUGGCCCUAGUCUCCCCCACUCUCCCCCACUCUCCCCCUACCCCAGCCCUGUCACUCUGUGCCCCUGUAACAGAUAUGGCACUCUCUCUGGGUUCACCCACAGUUUUCCUGCCUCGGCAAACAAUAGAUCUUUAGCCUUGGGCCGCCACUGUUUCUCUAGAUUAACUUUAAACCAGCCUGGGGUAAUUUCAUCUGGAGCCACUGCCUCAAACUGUGGUUGGAGAGCAGUGGGAGGAGGAGCAGGGGGGAGAGGUUAAGGUCAAUUGUGUUUAUCCAAGAUCACAAACGAAUGCACUGUUACCCAUAUUGGCAGUUGGCAUGGUGUUGAAGCUGGACUGUAAUGAAAAUGUCGGUUAGUCAGGGCAAGAGGAGGGCUGGCUACAAAAACAAGGAACUAAGUGCAGGGGAGGACUAAAAAACAGACUUGAUUCAUAAAUGAGGGUGUAAACAAAUUGCUUGUCCUUUCAUUUAACAUUGUCCUGUUCCAGAGCAGAAAACAACAAAACAAAGCAACGUAGAGGCUGCGAGCCCUGUCCAUGUUGUAGACAGAUGUGUGAGAGAGAAAAGCAGAGGAGGACAGGAUCUGUUGUUCUACUCGUUCUCCCUAGUUAAUGACCUCAAACCCUCCUCAUUACAGAGACAGAUAGAGGGGGGGGGGGGGGGGGGGGAGAGGGAGAGAAAGAGAAAGGGGGGGGGGGGGGGGCAGAGAGAGAGCACAGAGGCUGUUCUGUGGCAUAAGAUAAUAAGAGGAGGAGGGUAAAGGAGAGAGGGCAGAGGACUUGAGAAAAGAUUGCCCAGUGGCAUCGAAAGGUAAGAGACUGGAGUGGAGAGAAGAGAAGAGUUAUGGGUGAGAGGGAAACAAGUAAACGAUAGGGUCCAAAGGUGAAGGGUGAGGGGAGAGUGUGUGGGGCGGUGUGCGUACAUGCGUGCACACCGCCCCACAAGGAAGCCAGAUGGAAUACGUCCCUGUUCUCAAGUAGUCAAUGGAGAAAAUGGGGAGAGAGUUAGCGUAACUUCACAUUCAUAAUAAUAUUUAGUACAGUAGAGCAGUAAGUGCUUGAGUGUGUAGAUAAACAGACAACGUGCCAAAGAGACAAAGAGCUGUCUGUCUGUAUGAGGGGCUACUUAAACAGUACAGCUCUCCUGGCCUCUCCAUGGAUGAUUUCAAUACACAUGGUUCUGUACCAAGCAUACAAUACAUCCACCUGGAACACACAAGCACUGUUUGUUUUACUAUCUUUGUGGGGACCAAACAAUUGAUUCCCAUUCAAAAUCGUAUUUUCCCUGACACCUAACCCUAACCCUAACCUUAACCCCAAAUCCCUAACCCCUAAACCUAACCCAAACACCUAACCCCUAAACCUAACCCUUAACCCAAAUUGUAACCCUAACCCUAAUUGUAACCCUAACCCUAAACUUAACCCCUAAGCUUAAAAUAGCCUUUUUCCUUGUGGGGAACGGUGAAAUGUCCUUGUUUUAUUAUCCUUGUGAGGACUUAUGGUCUGCACAAGGAUAGUAAAACUAAACACACACACACACACACACACACACACACACACAGUCAAAAGUUGUAUUUAGUGGAUUCAUUCUAAUCACCAUUGGAGCCAAGAAGUUUGAAAAGGAAGACGCUCUGUGUUUGUUUGUGUGUGAUACCUGAUUGUGUAUAUGAAGUCAUAGAAUGUCUUCUUAUAGAGAAAAUAAUGAGGGGUUAUGUAUGCCCAAAGCCAUAUUCAUGUAAAACAUGUCUCAUUCACGUGGUUCAUUGUAAGCAGAGGUACAUGUCCUCCAGCAUAGGAAGAUGGAGCCAAAAACAGCUGGACAUACAUAACAUCUCUCACACACGUGGUUCAUUGUAAGCAGAGGUACAUGUCCUCCAGCAUAGGAAGAUGGAGCCAAAAACAGCUGGACAUACAUAACAUCUCUCACACACGUGGUUCAUUGUAAGCAGAGGUACAUGUCCUCCAGCAUAGGAAGAUGGAGCCAAAAACAGCUGGACAUACAUAACAUCUCUCACACACUUGGUUCAUUGUAAGCAGAGGUACAUGUCCUCCAGCUUAGGAAGAUAGAGCCAAAAACAGCUGGACAUGCAUAACAUGAUGGCAGGCACUUAACCAUAUCUCUGUGUGGGCUGAUAAAACACUGACCUCCAGUGGCUACUCCUCAGAAUACACAAUGUCUAUGGGGACCUGGAUGUGUGAUUUUCUGCUUGGUUCUCCACAGGGUUUCCCUGGUCACGAUGGUAUGGAGGUGAGUGUGUUAUACACAUUUUAAUGUUUCUCGGUACUGCAUCUAGAGUCGUGCUAUUUAGUUUUGGGCACUAGCACGUGCAGGCAAGUUUAGAGAUUAUGUGCCAACUAUAUCUCUUUGUCAUUCACAGGGACAAGCAGGUUUACCUGGAAAGCCGGUAAGUCAUGUCUCUAUGUCCCUACACACACCACAAAGUACACUGUAAAUGUACACUCGACAUGCAUGGAGUUUACAGUAUAUCUGCCCAGAUGUCUAUGCAUACAAUAUAGUUUGUGUUGUGUGUUGACCUUUGUUGACCCCUUGUGCACUCUCAGGGUGAAGAUGGCGAGCCAGGAUACCCAGGACCACAGGGACCCCCAGGGUCAAAGGUGAAGAUGAUGCUAACGCUAAUUAAGGAGUUAGCCGUUGCAAACGUUAUUGAGUGACGCUAACACUAUUAGCCACUUAUUACAUGACCACGUUCAGAGUUUCUCCUACGCCUAACCCGCCUUCUCUUCUUCUUUUCAUCUCUAUGUCAGACCAGUAACAGACCGCCUGUGUUUUAUUCCCUCACUCUCUCUCUCUCUCUGGCCGUCCCUGCCUCUCAUAUCUAUCCCUUUCAUUCCUCCUUCACUUGUUUCUAUCUGGAGUUUAUCGCUCUAAACAGGUCUUGGGUGGCAUGGAUCGAGACAUCAAACACAUUGCUUUCGCUUUCAUUUGUACCCUCAUUGCUCUCUCUCUCUUUCUAUCUCCAUCUCUCUCUCUCCGCCGAGUUAGGCCUCUAGCCAGUGCUAAACACUCUCCCCUGGUGCAAUGAUGUCAUGGGCUUUUUAAUGACUCCAGAGACUACAGCACUUGGCACUGACUGCCUCUCUAUCAGCUUCAGUCAGUGUGUGUUUGUGUGUGAGUGUGUGUCUGUGUGUGUGUAUGCGUGCGCGCGUGGUGCGUGGUGCGCUCUCGUGUGUGUGUACUUCUGUGUGAGUACACACUCCUGGGACGCGUAGCUGUCUGGGAGUGAGUUGAAGUGAGCUGCUGUUUGUGGUUACUGAAGUUGUUGUCGGGGACAAACUGCUCAGCUCCAGCUCAAACUCUGCUAUGGCCAGGAAUAGAAGACGGCCUGCUGGCCCGGCCUGUCUACAGUCUGUUACACAGGCCUGUCUACAGUCUGUAACACAGGCCUGUCUACAGUCUGUAACACAGGCCUGUCUACAGUCUGUAACACAGGCCUGUCUACAGUCUGUAACACAGGCCUGUUCUAUGGUGUUAAUCCCUCUCUGUUCCUCUGGUGCUGUUUUUCACCACUUCCUCCUUCCAGCUCUACAACCAUAGAUGGAACUGACUGCCUAUAGCAGGCCUACAGUUUUUUAUGAUAUUGUACUGAACACAUUAUUGUAAAGUGGCUUACCUACACCUAAGCUUUGUGUCUUUUCUGUGUGUAACAGGGGGAGGCUGGUUUGCUGGGAGAGAAGGGUGAGAGGGGCAUGGACGGACUCCCAGGGUUUAAGGUGAGACAUAUCCUGUAAUCUCCACAUAAAUACAAUAGAGGUUGUUUCUCCUAUAUGGACACAGCCAAUUCAAAGGCUUUUGUUUGUGUGUAUUUUGUAGGGAGACAAAGGAGAUAUCGGAGAGCAAGGUGCCCAGGGAGACUUGGUAUGUGUACACAGCUUAAUCACCACCGAAGAUCAUGUUCACAGUUAUCUGAGGCUACCUUUUUUAUGUACUUUAUUGUGUGAUUAUUUGAUGCUUAUGAGCAUCUCAAUCUCUAUCUCUUUCUCAAUAUCUCUCUUUCUCAAUAUCUCUCUCUAUCUCUUUCUCAAUCUCUCUCUCUCUAUCUCUCUUUCUCAAUAUCUCUCUCAAUCUCUAUCUCUCUCUCUCUCUCUCUCUCUCUUUCUCUCUCUCUUUUCUUCUCCUCUCCUCUUAGGGUUAUCCUGGUGAGAAGGGGGUUCCCGGCUCUACUGAGGUCAUUGACUUCAAUGGGAAGCUACUAGAAGCCUUCCAGGUGAGACCUCCCAGUCAGAGACAUAGACAAUAUACCUGGUGUGUGUUUGAAGGCCCAUAGAGUAUCAUAGAGUUAUCCAGACAGACUUAACAUGCUGCUCUUCCUCCCUGACAGGCCAUCCAGACCAUCAGUGUCAGGGUAAACCAACUGUCACAUCAUGGCUUUGUAGACAUGAUCUGUGUAGUCAGUGUGUUGUCACACACACUAAUGCAUAGACAUAGGCGACAUACCCUCAUACACAUGAGCGUACACACACGGGUGCCUGUACACAUGUAGCUUCUAAGACCAGAGUGAAUAUCCCCUGGGUGUUUGUGUAAUGAGGACACUCUAUCCCACAGCCCUGACAUCAGACAUAUUAGAUGUCACUACUCCAUCACCCACAACCAUCAACUAUCCUCUCAUACAUAAAUAUAUACAGGACGCAACACCGAGCUACCAUAAAUACCUUAAAGCUGGAAUACAACCUCUGAUAUUACAUAGCCUGAAGUGACAUUCUCAAUCAUGCAGAAUCAAAACAUCAUUCAUUUCAUUUUUCGAAUGUAUUGUUCAUGCUGUGUUAUUGUUGCGUCACAGGAUAUGCGGCUUGAAAUUAACCCUGCUAUGUGGUGGUGUUAUCUGUGAUGUUGCUUGGGUUGAAAUAAUCUGUUUGCAUUUUUCUUGCUCAAUCCAGUCGGGACACAUAGUAAAGAGAGAGGGAGAUGUCUUUUAACUAAUUUCACAGUCUAGACACAAAGCUCUUCUCUUCAUGCUCGGUCCCACGCUACAUGCUAAUAACAGAUCCCUAUCUCUCCACUGGCGUGUGCUUCUGAUUAAAAACCACUAUGUACAGGGAUCCCUGGGGACCGAGUUUAGAGUAGGCCCAUGCAUGCUAUGCUUUGGACAUGACUGAGUUACACAUGAGCUGGUCACAACAUAGACAUGAGAUCUUAUCAGUGUUCUGAAGCCUAUCUAUACAAGUUUACAUACUUUCUCUCAAUGAGGUUAAGAGAGAGUCCAACCUAGGGAAGGUGAACUCUUGCCCAACCCAAAUCCGUUUUGAAUCAUUUCACUUGCUUCAUGAUGUGCCAUAUUGAUUCCAUCCACUUUAAUUUUUGGGUGAUGAACUUGGUGCUUCAGAAUUCAUUCAUUUGUUUUUACAGCUUUCAAAUUAUCUGUGUGGGUGGCCGUCGUUUCAGAAGAUGGAGUAAUUUGGAACAAUAGUUGUUUGUAAACCAUUCCUGUUGCCAUAGUUUUGCCAGAGCACAAAACAAAAACCUGGAAGAGAGGGGAUGGAGAAAUCAGCAUGUAUUAUACACCUCUGGGAAUUCACAUGAUUUCCAUAUUUUAUUGCUUCAGGACCAGACAGUGCUCAAGAGGUCACACACACACACACAACCUCUGCUUUGUGGCGAAGGGGAUCAGGGGCAUGAUGUAACCGACCUGUCACACAUCUCUAACCGCCACAGGAGGCACCAUGGGAUCCAUAUACCUCACAUACAGCAUACAGAAAUAGAACCACACAUUAGCCCCAAGGCCUAGGGUCAGCCAACCCAGGAACCGUCCAUGCUGCAGUGAGAGAAUGUCAGUCUGAGUCCAGGCUUUCCAUUCUCCUGCCCUGAGAGGCUUACUCCAUCCUGCCCCAUUAAAGAUGUGGUUAGAAGAGGUUAGGAUGCUGUGGAUGCUAUGGUAAUAGCUCUGGUUAGGUCGAUAGGGCUGUGUAGGGCUCUUUUAGGUUUACUGCUGGUGGGUGUUGGAGGUUUUUGCUGUGGGGUGGUGUGUGUGUGUGUGUGUGUGUGUGUGUGUGUGUGUGUGUGUGUGUGUGUGUGUGUGUGUGUGUGUGUGUGCCAUCCCCAGCUCCUUGCCGGACUUGAUCCACUUUCCUAUUGCUUGCUCAAGACUCCAGAGUCCUUCUUUGAGAGUUCAACCCAGGGUUAAUAAUAUACCAGCCAUGUUGUGUGAUAUGAUGCCAAGGUAUUGUGUUUAGCCAACCGCAUAACCUGGCCCAAUAGGUCAAUUUUAGGGACGAUUUGCACCAAAGCAUCCAUAACAAAGAUGGUCCUCAUCAGAGAGAGGACAAUAAUAAUCAGUUAGUUUACUGAGAGAGUCGUAUUGUCAAAUCCACCAUCCAUCUACAAUGUUUUUCUGUUUUAGCCCUAUGCUGGCGUCUUGAAUCCCACAAUUGCUCUAAGGCUAAUACAUACAUAAUCCACUGACUCUGAUUUAAUAUGCUUGUCUGAGCGGACCUACUCAACAAACAGCCACUGCAUGACUGCCUGAUGAAGGGUGAUGAAAUUGGAUAUACGUAGAUUCAUCCAUGGAUUUGAUUAUAAUUCUACUAACAGACUACUGAGACAGAUCGACUUGACCUAAUGUUUUGUAUUUUGUGUAACCUCUCUGUCUGUCUGUCCCUUCCUAGGGCCCACCAGGUUUACCGGGUCCUCCGGGACCCCCAGGGGGAAAGGUAGGGUCUUAUUUAUAUACACAUGCCAUCUCUUCUAUCCAUUGUGUCUGAAUCAAUGGAAGUCAAUACUCUUUGAAGGUAAAUUGUCAAUUUGAACUUCUUAUGUCUUUUCCUCACUACUCCAGGGAGAGCUAGGCUUGCCUGGGACAUCUGGACUGGAUGGGGAGAAGGUAUGGACACUCUAAUGUCCUUUUGACAUUUUUUAUAACCCACAUUGAAUCACUGUACCACUCAAAUGUUUAUAAAUGUUGCACAAUAUAUUUAAUUCACUUAUUAUCUGGAAUGAUAAUGAACAUGAUUAAUCAGAGUUGUCCUGAACCUCUCACCUUUUACCUCUAACCUUCUCUCCUCUUAGGGUCCGAAGGGAGAUAUGGGGGAGACGGGGUCCAUCGGCGAGAAGGGAGAGAAAGGAGAGAUGGGUCUCUCUGGGCCAGGGGUAAGUAGAUAGACGGGAACCCAAAGUAAUAACCACUUUCAUUAGAGGUGUAUACACAUUGUUGAGUAGCCUACUGUAAAGAGAUGUAAUUCCCCCUCUCUGUCUGUCUCAGGGGAUGGAUGGACAGAAGGGGGAGAAGGGAGACUCCAUUCUGGAAGAUAACCUGGUAAGUAAAACACACUGGUGUAUACUGUAUUCACACACUCAAUAGUUGUUUUUGAAUCUCUAUCAUAUUUGCAUUUAACACUGCUUCAGGUGGUGCGUACCUUGGCAGACAGUGGAAUUACAUAUUGUCUGCGUCUCAAAUGACACCCUAUUCCGUAUGAGCCCUGUUCAAAAGUAGUGCACUAUAUAGGGAAUAGGGUGCCAUUUUGGAUAUAACCAUUGAUAUGUUCAUAAUCUUUAAUGUGUUGUUUGUUGUUCUGUUAUUCAGGUUCAGAUGAUUUCUCAGCCGGGCCCUCCCGGCCCCCCAGGACCCCCUGGACCUACAGGGUUCAUGGUGAGUGUCACUAUACGAGAGUGUCCGUGUGUCACUAAAAGAGUUUCACCCCUCUGUUCCCCAAUAUGAUGUGGCUGAAUCCCUUCAGAGACAUAAGACUGACUGAUCUCUUUGUGUGUUCCAGGGUCAUCAUGGAACACCUGGCCCUAAGGUAAGACUAGAAGGCCAUAGAGCUACAGUAAUGUCUCUCAUCACAUUGUACUUGUCACAUGCUUCGUAAACAACAAGUGUAGACUAACAGUGAAAUGCUUACUUAUGGACCUUUCCCAACAAUGCAGAGGGGAAAAAUAUAAAUAAAUACACAAUGAGUAAUGAUAACUUGGCUAUAUGGGGUACUAGUACCUAGUCGAUGUGCAGGGGUACAAGGUAAUUGAGGUAGAUAUAGACAUACAGGUAGGGAUAAAAUGACUAGGCAACAAGAUAGAUAAUCUGUACGUGCUCUUGAGUGUUGUAGAGUGUACUGAGUAUCAUGUGUUCCCAUGCAGGGAGAGCCUGGAGACAGAGCUAAAGGGGAGAAGGGAGACAUCGGACCUGCUGGACUGAGGGUGAGUGAUACUGUAGAAUCAUACAUUAUGAGCUGCUGCUGGUGAUGAUGAUGGUUGAUGAUGAUGAUGAUUAUAUCUAACGUGUCUGUCCUCCCCAGGGUAUUGAUGGCCCUCAGGGUCCCCCAGGCUCCACAGGAUUGGUGGGUCUCCCAGGCACCAAAGGAGAGAAGGUGGGUGAUGCCCUCAUCACCAGAUAACCUUAGCAUAUUAGGCCUACGAUCAUUGCAUGCCGUGGUCUUUCAUGGUCUUGGUCAUGGUGGUACUGAUGCAUUCAUUAAUGUGUGUGUUGACAGGGAAAGUCUGGGGAGCCUGGAAUGGAUGUAAGUAUGAAAUAGUGUUUUUGAACUUUGACCUACCACACUAUAUGACACUGGGGAAUUCUCUGCAGCACACACUAACCCGUUCCUCCCUCCACAGGGUUUCCCAGGCCUGAUUGGAGAGAAGGGAGACCGGGGAGACAGAGGAGACAAGGUGGGAGGAGCAUGUUCUUUCCUUCUUUAGCCCACAGUUCUGCUAUUAUGCAUACACAUCAGAAUCAGUGUUGCUCUACCUGUAUGCUUACCUGCCAUCAUUGAAGCAGGUCUUGCCAGUUUAAAGUUGGUGGGUUAGCCAAGACGUGUUUAUUCCAUUAAACAUUGGGUAGGGAUCUGAGAUGGUUGUAAUGGUAAUUGUACGGUCACUGUUACUACUGUUACUACAGUGACUACUUGGUGAUGAACCGUAAGUACACAAGCGUGCUGUAGGGAGCUGUAGUUGUAAAUAUACUAGGGUGAGCUGUAGUUCUAAAUAUGACCACCAAAAUACACAACACGUAACCUGCAUGAUGGAGAGAGUGGCGCAGUGGUCUAAGGCCACUACAGAUCCUGGUUCGAAUCCAGGCUCUGUCGUAGCCGGCCGCGACCGGGAGACCCAUGGGGCGGCACACAAUUGGCCCAGCGUCAUCCAGGGUAGGGGAGGGAAUGGCCGGCAGGGAUGUAGCUCAGUUGGUAGAGCAUGGCGUUUGCAACGCCAGGGUUGUGGGUUCGAUUCCCACGGGGGGCCAGUAUGAAAGAAAAGAAAAGAAAUAAAAUAAUGUAUGCACUCACUAACUGUAAGUCACUCUGGAUAAGAGCUAAAUGAUUAAAAUGUAAAUAUAUUUUUUAACACUUUCAUUUAUUUUAAUAUGUCAAUAUGUAUUUGUUGUCUAUGUUUUGGCGUGAAACUGGUGGCAAAAGUCAAUUGUCGGACGAUGUGUAGAUGUAAUUGAAAUAAUGCAAUUGUUGAUUACAUGCUUUUUCAUUAAUUGGGUUAUUUGAUCUUGAACCAAUUGUUCUUUCUUUUAGAAACAAAUCUAUCUAUGAAUAUUUUUUUUAAUAGAUUGCCAUGGAUUUUCUGUCAAUUACUAAAAUUACUGAAGAUUCUUUGCAACCCUAUCUAAAACUGAACUCCUAAUGAUAAUAGGUUGUAUUUCUAAUAAUUCAAUUUCUAAUAAUAACUCAGAAGUAAUUAAUGGAUUUUUGAGCAGAUUAUGUUCAGCAGAUUACUUAUCUGGUUUAGUUUAGCUGCAGCAGGGUGCUCUAUUCUUCGUGCCACUUCUGCAUAGCUGUCUUGCUGGACUGUUGGUCUCUUCUGAUUGGGGUGUUGUCCUGUUAGCAUGGGGGGUAGUGGGGUUGGGGGGUGCUGUCCACUCUGCAAGGGGCCCGAUGGUGCAGGGUGGUGUUGGACACUCUAGAUGGGGCCCGAUGGUGUAGACAAAAUAUUUAAGUGCCUUUGAACGUGGUAUGGCAGUAUGUGCCAGGCACACCAGUUUGAGUGUGUCUAGAACUGCAACGCUGCUGGGUUUUUCACGCUCAACAGUUUCCCGUGUGUAUCAAGAAUGGUUGAUUAUGACACCUUGUAGAGUCCAUGCCCCGACAAAUUGAGGCUGUUCUGAGGGCAAAAGGGGGUGCAACUCCAUAUUAGGAAGAUGUUCCUAAUGUUUUGUACACUCAGUGUACAUAACACUACAUAAUACUACAUAAUCUCCUUCCUCAUGCUUCAGAAACAGGAGAUGGCUCCUGCCCAAUGAGCCGUUCCGGCUCGCACAAGCCAAGGCUCGUGCUAGUCCACCCACCUACAUAAUACAAUACAUAAUACAGUGCAGAUUACAAUACAAAAUAUAUAAUAAUGUCUGUGUCUUUUCACAGUCCCCAUUGUGCCGUAAGGUGUUUUUUUAUCUGGUUUCUGAAUCUGGUUUUAUUGCUAGCUUCAGUUACCUGGGGUGGCAGAGAGUUCCAUGUAGUCAUGACUCUAUUUAGUACUGUGCAUUUCCCAGCCUCUGUGCUGGACCUUGGGACUGUGAAGAGACCUCUGAUUGCAUGUCUUGUGUUGUACUGAUGAGUGUCUGAACUGUAGUGAUGCAGUCCAUCUCUCCUCAACUUUGAGCCAGGAGAGAUUGACAUGCAUGUUACAGAUAUUCGCACGCCGUGUACAUCUAAGUCCAAUAAGUACUGCUCUGUUCUGGACCAACUGCAAUUUCCCUAUGUCCCUCUUUGUCGCACAUGACCACACAACUGGGCAGUAGUCCAGGUGCAACAAAACUAGGGCCUGUAGGACCGGUCUGGUCGACUGAGAUGUCAAGAAAGCAGAGCAACACCUUAUCAUGGAUAAACCUCUUCCCAUUUGAGCAACCAUUGAGUCUAUAUAUUUUGGCUUUGACAGAUUGCUAUCUAGGGUUACACCCUGCAGUUUAGUCUCCUCAACUUGCUCAAUCGCCACAUUAUUCAAUAAUAGAUCUAAAUUAGGUUUAGCGUUGAGCUAGUGAUUUGUCCCAAAAACAAUGCUUUUAGUGUUUGAGAUAAAUAGCAUCAGCCUAUUGCUAGUUGCCAAUUGUAAAACUGACUGAAGUUCUAUGUUAAGAGUGUCAAUUCUUUAUUUUACUGUCUUAGCCAACGUGUAUACUGUUGAGUCGUCAGCAUACAUAGGCACACAUGCUUUAUUCAAGGUCAGUGGAAGGUCAUUAGUAAAAUCAGAAAACAAUAAUGGCCCAAGCCAGCUGCCCUGCGGUACACCACACUCAACCAAAUUUGUAUUAGAGAGGCUUCCAUUAAAGAAAACCCUCUGCAUUCUAUUAGAUAGGUACUCUCAAUCCAUGAUAAGGCAGAGGACACAAAUCCAUAACACCUACGUUUUUUCAGCAAUAGGUUAUGAUCAAUGAUUUCAAAAGCUGCACUAAAGUCUAACAAAACAGCUCCCACAAUUUUCUUACUAUCAAUUUCUUCAGUAAUUUGUGUCAGUGCCGAGCAUGUUGAGUGCCCUUCCCUAUAAGCAUGCUGAAAGUCUGUAGUUAAUUUCUUUUCUGUAAAAUAACCAACUAGCUCUCACAGUCUCACAUCAGAAUUAGAUGUUUAUCCAUGUUUCUCAAACAUCAAAUUUCAAAGUUGUUUAAGUGUUUAAGGUUAAGUUUAGGCAUUAACUCCCAAGUGGCGCAGCGGUCUAAGGCACUCCAUGGCAGUGCUUGAGGCGUCACUACAGACCUGGGUUCGAUCCCGGGCUGUGUCACAGCCGGCCGUGACUCCCAUGAGGCGGCGCAUAAUUGGCCCAGCGUCGUCUGGGUUAGGGGAGGGUUUGGCCGGCCUGGAUUUCCUUGUCCCAUCGCGCUCUAGUGACUCCUUGUGGUGGGCCGGGCACCUGCAAGCUGACCUCGGUUGCCAGCUGGAUGGUGUUUCCUCCGACACAUUGGUGCGGCUGGCUUCCCGGUUAAGCGAGCAUUGUGUCAAGAAGCAGUGCGGCUUGGCAGGGUCGUGUUUCAGAGGAGGCAUGGCUCUCGACCUUCGCCUCUCCUGAGUCCAUAGGGGAGUUGCAGCGAUGGGACAAGACUGUAACUACCAAUUGGAUAUCACAAAAUGCGAGGAAAAAGGGGGAAAAUUAGAAUAAUCUCUGAAUGGGUUAAGUUUAGGCAUUAACUCUGAAAUUGUAAAGUUAGGCAUUAACUCGGAAUGGUUAAGGUUUGGGAUAGGCUUAAAACCAAAAUCUCAAAAACAACUUUCUAUCGCUAGAUUCAAACAUGCAACAUUUGGAAUCAGAGGCAGAUGCUUACGCCCAUCUGUCAUCCCCGUCCACAAUGCCCUAGCAAAACCGAAACCUACUUGAAGGUAACAGCGCUCACUGUUGCCCCUAGUGGCCGGUUCCCACGUCAUCUCCCGAUGUCCUCAGACAUGGAUGGACGUUGAAUACUGACAUGUAUCACGGGUGACCUGGUUGAAAAUAACUUUGUAUUUGAUCAAAUACCAUUUUUUCCUAAAGUUUGACAAGCACUGGUAAGAGGCUCAUUGGUCGACUGUUUCAACCAUUAAAGAGUACUCUGCUAUUAUUGGGCAGCGGAAUGACCUUUCCCUCCUUCCAGGCCUGAGGCACACACCAUCUUCUAGGCUUAAAUUGAAGAUGUGGCAAACAGUUGCAAUGUAUUCCGUUACCAAACUCAGCAACUUACCAUCCAUGUUGUUGGUACCAAGUGGCUUGUCCUUAUUUAUAGAUAGCAAAAAGAAUAUCACCUCUUUCACACCCACUUUGCGGAACUCAAAACUACAGUGCUUGUCUUUCAUUAUUUUAUGCAUGAAUAUGAAGGCUCAGCGUUUGUUGUUUGCAUGUCAUACCUAAGUUUGCUAAUCUUGUCAACAAAAAGGUUAUUCAAGUGGUUGGCAAUAUCAAAGGUUUUUGUUAUGAACAAGCCAUCUGCCUCAAUGAAGGAUGGAGCCGAGUUCACUUUAUAAAGUACUCCAGAGCAUUUUACUAUCAUUCUUUAUAUCAUUUAUCUUUUUCCAUAGUAUAGUUUCUUCUUCUUUUUGUUUAGUUUAGUUACGUGAUUUCUCAAUUUGCUGUAUGUUUGCCAGUCUGCUGUGUUGCCAGACUUAUUUGCUAUUCCCUUUGCCUCAUCCCUCUCAGCCAUACAAUUUUUCAAUUAAUCAUUUAUCGAUGGGGAUUUGUCAGUUCUACCAGUCAGUUUCUUGAUGGGCCUAUCAGUAACCGGAAGAAGCAGUUUCAUAAAUGCUUCAAGUGUUGUUCCUCAUUACACAUCAAAUAUUUUUCACAUUUUCGACAUGGGAAUCAUUGCAAAACCUCUUGUAUGAUCGCUUAUACACAAUUUUAGGUCCAGUCUUUGGAACUUAGUUUUUUUUUUAGAUAUGGCUAUUAUAUUAUGAUCACUACAUCCGAUGGGUGUGGAUACUGCUUUAGAGCAGAUUUCAGCCGCAUUAGUAAAGAUGUGAUCAAUGAUUUAGUUCCUGUUCUGUUUGUAAAUACCCUGGUAGGUUGACUGAUAACCUGACCCAGAUUGCAGGCAUCGGUUACAGCUUGAAGCUUCUUUUUGAGUGGACAGCUUGAUGACAACCAGUCAAUAUUUAGAUAUUUAGUUGAUAUCACAUACAUUAUCGAGCAUUUCACACAUAUAGUCCAAAUACUGACUUUUAGCACCCGGUGGUCUAUAGCAACUUCCCACAAGAAUAGGCUUUAGGUGAGGCAGAUGAACCUGUAGCCAUAUUACUUCUACAUGAUCUGACAUGAGAAGCUCUCAUUCUAACAGGAAUAUGACUCUGGACACACAGAGCAACACCUCCUCCAUUUGCAUUUCUAUCUUUCCAAUAUAUCUAUAACCAUGUAUAACUAACUACUACUGCGUCAUCAAAGGAAUUAUCUAAGUGAGUUUCAGAGAUGGCCAGAAUAUUAAUGUUUUCUGACGUUUGUGAGUUGUCAAUUUGUCCAUUUCAGGCUACAUAUGUUAAUAGUGGCCAUUUUUAGUCAUUUUCUGGGUUGGUUGUUUGUUUUUAGUGCUAUUCUGAGAGGCUGAUCCGAGGUAGACAUGUCAGAGUAGUGUUGGGGUAGGUACUCUGAAAUAUAUAGUUUACCAAGCUACCAACUACUUCACACUGGAAGAAGUUGAGUUACAGAAAAAUUAUCAUAUCUGAAUCUGAAAUGUCAUAUAAUAACAAAUGUUUUUUGGGGUGAAAAUAGUUCCAGUAGUUACCUUCACCAUUACAGGCAAAACAAUUAUUGACUACUGAAAACACUACGAAGAUUUUUAUUUAGUUAAACUUCCACCAACAUGUUGUUGAAUUACUAGUUGAAUUGAAUUUAGUGGAACUACUCCCCAACACUGCCUGUCUGAUCUCUCUCUCUCUCUCUCUCUCUCUUUCUCUCUCAACAGGGUGACCGGGGGACAGUGGGGAAGAGAGGUCUGAAGGGCGGUAAGGGGGAGCAGGGUCCUCCUGGACUGGACCAGCCCUGUCCUGUGGUACGUCACACUCAACCUUGACCUUUCAUCCAUGAGCCUAUGGACAUUUAUCUCCUUUGAGCCAGACUUGAUAAAAAACGUUAUUUAAUUACAAUUGCAGAUACUUUACUAUUUACUUUUUUCAUUUUAAUCUCUAUUUCUAUGAUUUCUUACUAAAGUGCUUUCAGAAAGUAUUCACACCCCUUGACCUUUUCCACAUUUUGUUGUGUUACAGCCUGAAUUUAAAAUGGAUUAAAUUAAGAUUUUUUUUGUCACUGGCCUACACACAAUUGUAAGGGUUUGUGUGAGGUGUGACCCAGGUGCGGUGCAGGAUAGACAGUAGGCAGAGAUGGUGAAACAAGGAUCUUUACUGGUGGUCCUGAAGCCAGGAUAUAAAACAACAGACUUAACACGAUGAAAGAAAGGUGGAGAAAAUAAGUCUCCAAAAACUGGCUGACAGCCAAAAUACGAAAUAGUAACUAUGACUGAAAUAAGAAAGAAACAGGAAGAAGACUUCUCGAGUACUUGUACACACUUCUCCGAUCAGACACUGAUUAGUACUGCUGAGCAUAGAGAAACUAGCAGAGAAAACAGAGCAAGGGAACACAGGGAAGUGAGGGCAUAAAUACACAGGUGAACAGGUAGACACAGGUGACACCAAUAGGAUGAUGAUUAGUCCAGACUGUGAGUAAGGAGGUGCCUAAGGUUGUCGGAGGAUGACACCUAGUGGGUCGCUCCGGAACUGCGACCCCCUCCUGUAACACACAAUACCCCAUAAUGUCAAAGUGGAAUUAUGUUUUUUGAAAUUUGUACAAAUUAAUUUAAAAUGAAAAGCUGAAAUGUCUUGAGUCAAUAAGUAUUCAACUCCUUUAUUAUGGCAAGCCUAAAUAAGUUCAGGAGUAAAAAUGUGCUAAACAACUUACACUCAAGUUACACUCUGUUUGCAAUAAUAGUGUUUAACAUUAUUUUUGAAUGACUACCUCAUCUCUGAACCCCACACAUUAAAUUAUCUGUAAGGUCCCUCAGUUGAGCAGUGAAUUUCAAACACAGAUUCAACUACAACGACCAGGGAGGUUUUCCAAUGCCUUGCAAAGAAGAGCACCUAUUGCUAGAUGGGUAAACAUUUUAAAAGGAGACAUUGAAUAUCCCUUUGAGCAUGUUGAAGUAAUUAAUUAUACUUUGGAUGGUGUAUCAAUACACCCAAUCAUUACAAAGAUACAGCUGUCCUUCUUAACUCAGUUGCUUUAGAGGAAGGAACCGCUCAGGGAUUUCACCAUGAGGCCAAUGAAACUGUUACAAAGUUUAAUGGCUGUGAUAAGAGAAAACUGAGGAUGGAUCAACAACAUUGUAGUUACUCCACAAUACUAACCUAAUUGACAGAGUGAAAAGAAGGAAGCAAAUCCAAUACAACACAUUACUGAGUACCACUCUCCAUAUUUUCAAGCAUAGUGGUUGCUGCCUCAUGUUAUGGGUAUAAAAUCAAAUAAAAUCAAAUUGUAUUUGUCACAUGCGCCGAAUACAACCUUACACUGAAAUGCUUACUUACAAGCCCUUAACCAACAAUGCAGUUUUAAGAAAAUAAUUAAAGAGUAGCAGUAAAAUAACAAUAGCGAGGCUAUAUACAGGGGGUACCGGUACCGAGUCAAUGUGCGGGGGCACCGGUUAGUCGAGGUAAUAUGUACAUGUAGGUAGAGUUAUUAAAGUGACUAUGCAUAGAUAAUAAACAGAGAGUAGCAGCAGCGUAAAAGAAGGGUGGGGGGGGGGCAAUGCAUACAGUCUGGGUAGCCAUUUGAUUAGAUGUUCAGGAGUAUUAUGGCUUCGGGGUAGAAGCUGUUUAGAAGCCUCUUGGACCUAGACUUGCCGCUCCGGUACCGAUUACCGUGCGGUAGCAGAGAGAGCAGUCUAUGACUAGGGUGGCUGGAGUCUUUGACAAUUUCUAGGGCCUUCCUCUGACACCGCCUGGUAUAGAGGUCCUGGAUGGCAGGAAGCUUGGCCCCAGAGAUGUACUGGGCCGUAUGCACUACCCUCUGUAGUGCCUUGCGGUCGGAGGCCGAGCAGUUGCCAUACCAGGCAGUGAUGCAACAAGUCAGGAUGCUCUCGAUGGUGCAGCUGUAGAACCUUUUGAGGAUCUGAGGACGCAUGCCAAAUCUUUUGAGUCUCCUUAGGGGGAAUAGGUUUUGUCGUGCCCUCUUCACGACUGUCUUAGUGUGCUUGGACCAUGUUAGUUUGUUGGUGAUGUAGACACCAAGGAACUUGAAGCUCUCAACCUGCUCCACUACAGCCCCGUCGAUGAGAAUGAGGGUGUGCUCGGUCCUCUUCUUUUUCCUGUAGUCCACAAUCAUCUCCUUUGUCUUGAUCACGCUUGUAAUCGUUAAAUACUUUGGAGGUUUUCAGAAUUAAAAAGAAAUAGAAUGGAGCUAAGCACAGGCAAAAUCCUAGAGGAAACCUGGUUCAGUCUGCUUUCCACCAGACACUGGGAGAUGCAUUCACCUUUCAGCAGGACAAUACCCUAAAACACAAGGCCAAAUCUACACUGGAGCUACUUACAAGGAAGACAGUGAAUGUUCCUGAGUGGCCGAAUUACAGUUUUUAAUUAAAACUACUUGAAAAUCUAUGCCAAAACCUGAAAAUGGUUGUCUAGAAAUUAUCAACAACCAAUUUGACAGAGCUUGAAGAAUAUUUAAAAGAUUAAUGGGCAAGUGUUGCACAAUCCAGAGGUGUAAAGCUCUUACAGACUUACCCAGAAAGACUCCCAGCUGUAAUCACUGCCAAAGGUGCUUCUACAAAGUAUUGACUCAGGGUUGUGAAUACUUAUGUAAAUUAGAUAUUUCUGUAUUUCAUUUUCAAUAAAUUUUGCACAAAUGUAUAAAAACAUGUUUUCACUUUGUCAUUAUUGGGUAUUGUGUGUAGAUGGAUGAGAGAGAAAAAAACAAUAAUCAAUUUUGAAUUCAGGCUGUAACACAACAAACUGUGGAAUAAGUCAAGGGGUGUGAAUACUUUCUGUACUGUAUAUGCUAUUCUGUAUCUCUGGGAGUAGUGUACGUUCAGAGUGUGUGUAACAGUAGGUUGGCUCUUGCUGACAGGGUUCUAAUGGGACUAAAGGACUUUCUGAUGAGGGGGCACAGUCCAUCCCUCCUCCUGCUCCUCUUCCUCCUUCUGGCCCUGAGGACCCCUGUCCUUUGGUACAGUAUCUCUACCUGUUUCCACCUUUUCACCUCUUUCCUUUGUGUCUGCCUUUUUCCCCUUUCGAUCCCAUGCACUAUUUCCCUUAGUCUGCUUUCCUAUUCCAUGUGUGUUUGCUAUCUGAAUUAUGUCAUUUUUUACAGCAGUAGGCAGGAUAGUCACAGGAAUCCUGAGAUCAGCAUAAUUCCAGCUCCAUAUUGUGUUGUGGUCUUGAUGUGGUUGUUGGUUGUUAAUGUGCUGACUUGCAUGUGGUAUGGUAUAGUGCUUUUGGUAUAGUGCUUUUAGAAGCUAAAAUAACUAUGUAUGCUGAUGAUUGCACACUCUACACAUCAGCACCUACAGCCAGUUAGCUCACUGAGACUCUUAGUAAGGAGUUACAGUCAGUGUCCGAAUGGGUAAUUACCAAUAAACUGGUCUUAAAUACAUCUAAAACCAAAAGCAUUGUAUUUGGUUCAAAGCAUUCUCUUAUACCUUAACCUCAACUGGAGUUGUGCAUAAAGGAUGGGACCAUUGAAGAAGUUGAAGAAGUUGAACUCCUAGGAGUAACAUUGGAUAGUCAGCUAUCAUGGUAGACAUAUUGACAAAGACGGUGUGAGGUAUGUCCAGUGGCGGCUCCUGAAAAAAUUCUCAGGGGGGGCAAUUUUUCUGAUGAUUUAGGUGACCUACACACAUUUUAAAAAAGAUAUGUCCAGCAACAACAUGAAGACAGGGGCAGCAUAUAAGUCAAUACCAGAAGCAUUUAUUGACUGAUCUCAAAAGUGUUGGCUUACCAGGGUUGGUGGAGCCCUCAGUUUCAUCUUUGCCUCGCAAAGCUAACUCAAACACUCCGCAAAACUUCACACACUGGAUUAGCCGGCUGAGGAUGUGGCGGUUCUUGCUAAUGUCGUAGUAAAUAUAUUUGUUAUAGUGAAUAUGGAAUAUGAUAUGUUGAGUAAAAUGUUGUGCUAAGAUCUAUUUAGGUCAGGAGCUGGUUAUAAGUUCUGUUCCUAUCCAAUAACAAUGGACAAAAGGGUCCUAUCUUGUCAGCCUUGUCAGUUUCAGUUCUCCAGUAAACUUGUGAUUAUCAACACUAACCUCAUCGUUGUGGCGGCGGACAGCUAGCCUGUAUCCCUCAUCCAGUUGAGUGGGAAUGUUCACUCUCCCCAAAGCAGACAAUCUCAAACAGCUAUCCAUGUGGGUCUUUGACAGCUCAUGUUUCUUAAUCUUUCCUGAAAGAUGGUGCAUGUCCGUUACACACCAGUCGCUGUCCAAGCGGUGCUGUCUGCCGUGCCGCCUUCAGGGUGAAAGAGUAAGCAGGGGGGUAGCAGAAGACUGCAUUAGCUACAUCGCAGCCUGCUAGCCAGGUUUUUCGUUCGUACCAAUUUUUGGAAAAUCCUCGGGUGUAGGACUUCCCCCUUUUAGUAGAAACCUGUUGAAUUAUUAAAUUUGGUCUGGGAGGUCCUAAUUGUUUCGUUGCCAAUUUAUCUUGAUUUGUUCGCCGACAAAAAGUAACUUAUUUCAAAGAGACAAUCGAGUUGCACUGAACGCUAUAGCCAUCUUGAUAGUAGUACGUGAAUUGAUUGAUGAGGCUACCCGCUCUUUUCUUAGUUACGUUCAUGGUUACGUUACGUAUGACGAAAGCGCGUAAGUGCAAGCCCUCAGAAACCCAUAGAGAUUGUAUUGAAAGCUCUGAUAUUUGAAAAAAAUAGAUUUUACAUGGGAGUCUAUGACAGACUUCUGGGCGAUUUUCAACCUGACUGAAAUCGCCCCAAAAGGGGGGGGGGCCAUUUGAAGCACGACUUUAGCCUGAUUGGACAUUUAGUGGCACUGUGGCAGAUCAGACGUCUAGAUUACAACACUGAUAACUACUGUUGCCGUGAUAUAAUUGAUUAGAAAAAAAAUCCCUUCCUUUUCCCGUUUGGCAGUGCGUCGCCCAUAUCGCCCUAUUGAACACACCGCCCCUGGGUAUGUCUGUUAUAAAAAGACGUUCUGCGUUUUUUACACAAAGAACAACUAUACUAGUUGUUCAGGCUCUGAUCUUGUCCCAUCUUGAUUACUGUCUAAUAAUAUGGUCAAAUGCAGCAAAGAAAGACCUAGCAAAACAAAGCAGCACGCCUUGGCCUUAACUGCACACAUAGAACUAAUAUAAACAACAUGCAUGAUAGUCUUUCAUGGUUGAGGGUUGAGGAGAAAUUGACCACUUUUCUUCGAGUAUUUUUAAGAAACAUUUGUGUGUUGAAAAUGCCUAACCAUUUCUAUAAUCUAUUUGCAUACACUUCAAACAGACAUACAGUGAGGGAAAAAAGUAUUUGAUCCCCUGCUGAUUUUGUACGUUUGACAAAGAAAUGAUCAGUCUAUAAUUUUAAUGGUAGGUUUAUUUGAACAGUGAGAGACAGAAUAACAACCAAAAAAUCCAGAAAAACGCAUGUCAAAAAUGUUAUAAAUUGAUUUGAAUUUUAAUGAGGGAAAUAAGUAGUUGACCCCUCUGCAAAACAUGACUUAGUACUUGGUGGCAAAAUCCUUGUUGGCAAUCACAGAGGUCAGAUGUUUCUUGUAGCUGGCCACCAGGUUUGCACACAUCUCAGGAGGGAUUUUGUCCCACUCCUCUUUGCAGAUCUCCUCCAAGUCAUUAAGGUUUCGAGCCUGAUGUUUGGCAACUCGAACCUUCAGCUCCCUCCACAGAUUUUCUAUGGGAUUAAGGUCUGGAGACUGGCUAGGCCACUCCAGGACCUUAAUGUGCUUCUUCUUGAGCCACUCCUUUGUUGCCUUGGCCGUGUGUUUUGGGUCAUUGUCAUGCUGGAAUACCCAUCCAUGACCCAUUUUCAAUACCAGGCUAAGGGAAGGAGGUUCUCACCCAAGAUUUGACAGUACAUGGCCCCGUCCAUCGUCCCUUUGAUGCGGUGAAGUUGUCCUGACCCCUUAGCAGAAAAACACCCCCAAAGCAUAAUGUUUCCACCUCCAUGUUUGACGGUGGGGAUGGUGUUCUUGGGGUCAUAGGCAGCAUUCUUCCUCCUCCAAACACGGCGAGUUGAGUUGAUGCCAAAGAGCUCCAUUUUGGUCUCAUCUGACCACAACACUUUCACCCAGUUCUCCUCUGAAUAAUUCAGAUGUUCAUUGGCAAACUUCAGAUGGUCAUGUAUAUGUGCUUUCUUGAGCAGGGGGACCUUGCGGGCGCUGCAGGAUUUCAAUCCUUCACAGCGUAGUGUGUUACCAAUUGUUUUCUUGGUGACUAUGGUCCCAACUGCCUUGAGAUCAUUGACAAGAUCCUCCCGUGUAGUUCUGGGCUGAUUCCUCACCGUUCUCAUGAUCAUUGCAACUCCACGAGGUGAGAUCUUGCAUGGAGCCCCAGUCCGAGGGAGAUUGACAGGUCUUUUGUGUUUCUUCCAUUUGCGAAUAAUCGCACCAACUGUUGUCCCCUUCUCACCAAGCUGCUUGGCGAUGGUCUUGUAGCCCAUUCCAGCCUUGUGUAGGUCUACAAUCUUGUCCCUGACAUCCUUGGAGAGCUCUUUGGUCUUGGCCAUGGUGGAGAGUUUGGAAUCUGAUUGAUUGCUUCUGUGGACAGGUGUCUUUUAUACAGGUAACAAGCUGAGAUUAGGAGCACUCCUUUUAAGAGUGUGCUCCUAAUCUCAGCUCGUUACCUGUAUAAAAGACACCUGGGAGCCAGAAAUCUUUCUGAUUGAGAGGGGGUCAAAUAAUUAUUUCCCUCAUUAAAAUGCAAAUCAAUUUAUAACAUUUUUGACAUGCAUUUUUCUGGAUUUUUUGGUUGUUAUUCUGUCUCUCACUGUUCAAAUAAACCUACCAUUAAAAUUAUAGACUGAUAAUUUAUUUGUCAGUGGGCAAACGUACAAAAUCAGCAGGGGAUCAAAUCAUUUUUUCCCUCAUUGUACAUACCCCACCAGACACACCACUGUGGGUUUCUUCACUGUACCAAACCAAAAACGGAUUUAAUGUGUCACUCAGUUAUGUAUAGCCAUGUCAUCAUGGAAUGCUUUGCCACCAGAGGUUACAUAUUGUAUCACAGCGCAUCUACUGUUUCUAAAGAUCUAAUUUAACUGUAUAUAAGAAUAUGGAUAUGCAUGUAUAGUGUGUAAAUAGUAUUCCUGUUGUCUCUUGGUGUCCAAUAUCUAACUCUUAUUUAUUUAUUUUUUGUAUAAAACAUAUUGUUUUGCUUAUAUACUCUUGACUAUAACUGUUCUGUACUUUGUCAUGUAUUUGUAUGUUUUAUAUGGACCCCAGGAAGAGUAGCUGCUGCAUGUGCAGUAGCUAAUGGAGAUCCUAAUAAACUAAACUAAACUUUGGUGUUUUCACCAUACAUUACGUGAAACUGCCCCACUAACCACCCCUCUCUCUUGUUCUGUUAUCCCCAGGGGCAGGAUGGACUGCCCAUACCAGGAUGUUGGCACAAGGUGAGUGGUGGUAGAUUAUAACACACAGGGUUGCUUAAUACCUGCCUGAGUUAUAUGUAGUACAUUCAUUCGCAACCACAUGCAACAUGAUGAGUGUACAUUCUCUAUCAAACCGGAGUUUCAAGAUAAUAAACUAUGAACAACAAUGAACAACGUAAUGUUCAUUGCCCAACUUAGAUUAUUUUGACUGUGCCAAUAGGCAUGUAUUAAACCCAAUAUAUCAAUGUUAUUGGGGUGUGAGUAUGAUUAUAAUAUGUAUGUUAUAUAAUCAUCAUCUUAUGAGUAUGAUUAUAAGAUGACGAAUGAAGCAUGUAUUAUAGCGCUGUAGUGAUUUGUUAACAUUAGUGUUGUUCUUGACAUGUGACCCCCACUAAUCCCUGCUCUCCUUCUCUUGCAGUGAUGACUAACAUCAAGCAUGGCCACUGUACAUAUUGAUAUGGUAUAUAUUGCAACUGAAUACUACAUCGCAUUUAUGUUCUUUUUUUGCAUUUUUAUGGAAACGUUUUAUAUAAUAUAUUGAGAUUUUUUUUGUUUUGUUAUUUUGAGUCAACAGUAUUAACCAGACUGCAUAUAUCGAUCAAUGCAGAUAUGUUUUGUACACAUAGACUCUGGAUAUAAAGUAAAAUGUACUCAAUGGGACACAGCCAUCUUUGAGCAACAUCAGGGGAGAGAAAUAAAGCAGCAAACAGACUCCUAACCUAACGGACAUACAGGCACAUGCUGGAGAGUGGAUGGAUAGGUAGAGUGGCCUUACUAAUGGAGUCUCGUCUGCCAUGUUGCUGCCUGGCCAUUAAUUCUGCAUGGGAGUGUGUGUGCUCGCACCGCCCUGCUCAACCCCACGGAUGGACAGACUCCUGGUGUGGUAAAUGGAGGAGUGUAAGUCUCUCUCCCUCUCUCUGUUUUUGAAAGGAGGAGAAGGAGGAGGAGAGGAGGAGACAGAAGCUCAAACGCAAGCGUCUCGCUCUCUCUAAGCCCAGAGGGGAGAGCAGGCCUGGAGGACAGAGGGAAGACGCGGGAGAGACAGACAGACAUGGAAGCACAGAGGACAGACAACCUCUAUUGAGAGAGUCAUGAAACGGUUCCGUGCAAUUCAGUUCAAUUCAUAAUACUGAGAUCCUGCAUUAUGGAAAAACACCAGGAGGGGGCGACACAGAACACUACAUUUCCACUUACACCUGAAGAGGGCUCUCACCCAUUGGCUGUUGUAGUUUUUUUACCACACUCACAGUUGGUUCUGGGCUACAGAUGCAAGGAUUUACCUAUGAUGACACAAUAAUAAUAAUAAUAAUAAUA